UUAAAAUGUCGUAAACAAAGUGGUUGGCGGUCGUGCCGUGGAUUCCUAGUUAUUUUCUUAAUUUUCGCACGUUAUUCAGCUCUCGUUAUGUGUAUUUAUGUCGACAAUUGAAAGUUUGUGCCGAUCUGCAUUAGUUGAUUUCAUACAAACUGAGUCGUUGGCGCCGAACGCGUUAUGCUUUCAUCAAAUUGAAAGCUGCUUGCAUAGCAGAAUUCCGGAACGUUGGCAAAUUUGAUGGAAUUUGGCACUCGCAGAAAACCAAUCACAAAUGGAUAACUCUAAGAUGGACAAACGGAAAAAGCGCACGUCCUACCAGCAAUAUGUUAUUUACCUGAAAAUGCUCGAGGAUGAUCAGAUCUUCCGGACGGGAAUCAUUCCGCGCGACGUUGAGCUGAACUAUCUCACGCAUAAAUGGGAGGAAUUGGCUGCGAAAUUGAAUGAUUGCACUCACGGACCAGUUCUGUCGGCGGACGAGUGGAAGAAACGUCUGAACGAUUGGAAAAACUCGACACGAGCCAAAUUUCGCAAAUGUCAGGCAGAACAGUUCAAACAAAGUGACCGAGCUGAAUUGGCUUUAACUCCUCUCGAGGAACGAGCAUUACUUCUUUGGGGGCCGCUCAGUAGCAAAUCCCUUAGUAAUGCCAGCAACGAACAAAGUACAACAUAUAUCUUGCCUGAUCAACCAGAAAUCAAAACUGACAUUAUAUCUAUUAAAACGGACAAUGCUACAAAUGAAAUUAUUAUUGAACCGGCACAAAUUCAAUCUCAAACGAUACCAUUACCAGCGCUCACGCCACUACCACAGGAACCACAGCAAAAUCAAAAUAUCACGAUAUCUCCGUCCCCAGCUCCUUCGCAGGAGCUUGUGGAGAACGAGGAGGAAGAGAUAAAAACAAAAAGAAGACGGCACGAUAGUGAAGAUGAUCAGACGUUUGGAAUGUUGAAAAUGAAACCCAGUAUAUCCACCAAUGAUAUCAAAUCCCUCGCAAUCGAAUUGCGUCGUCUAGCUGAUGUCAAGGAGGAGAAACUGAAAUUCGAAAUAGCAAAAUUUAAAUUUAGGAAUCCAGGAUUCGAGUACAAUUAUCCAUCAUCUACAAGUAAUUACAAUUCAAAUGAUAUAUCAUGCAACGACAACGCAAUUCCCCCCUACUAAUCAAAAAGUAUGAUUUUUAUACUUAAAGUCGGUUAAGUUUAGUUUUAAUGCAAAAGUUUCUUUUAAGUUUAAUUUUAAAGCAAAGUUAAUUGUGCAUUUAAUCCCUAUGUUUUUAAAAUAAAUUGAAAACCUUGAUAUAAUCGA